GGAGGCGGGGCCGGCUCGAGGGGCGGGGCCGCCCUGGAGCAUGGCGCGGUCCGGCUGCCUGUCCCGGCUCCAAGUGCUGGCGGCCGCCUUGGCCGCCUGCUGUGGGCUGGGGGCCGCCUCCCUCGCCCGGUGCCGGCCGGCGCGCCGCCUCCGCCACUACCUCGCCAAGCUGCUCAUGGCCCUGGCCGGGCCCCUGGUGUUCCGCAUCGGGUACAGCCUGUACGCCCGCACCAAGCUGGGCUACCUCUUCUACAAGCGGCAGAUGAAGAAAGCCCGGGAGCGAUAUCCACAUGGCCACUCAAUCCCCCAGCCCGUGAUGUUCAACGGGGUAAAGAUCCUGCCGAUCCCUGUGUUAUCCAACAACUACAGCUACCUGGUCAUCGACACCCACUCCAACGCUGCUGCCGCCAUCGACCCCUCAGACCCGCUGGCCGUGCAGGCAGCCAUCGAGCAGGAGGGGGUGACGCUGGAGGCCAUCCUGUGCACCCACAAACACUGGGAUCACAGCGGGGGGAACAUGGCGCUGAGACGGCGUUACGGCUCCUGCAGGGGGGACGGCCGGGCUUGUGGUGCCAUCCCCUACCCGCGCAGCCCCCUCUCAGAUAAGGAGACUGUCACCGUGGGACAGCUGCGCUUCAAGGCUCUCUUCACCCCGGGGCACACCGUGGGGCACAUGGUCUACCUGCUGGACGGGAAGCCCUUCGAGGGGCCGGCCUGCCUCUUUUCUGGAGACCUCCUCUUCCUCUCAGGCUGCGGGCGGAUAUUCGAGGGGACGCCGGAAACCAUGCUGGCCUCGCUGGACACCGCUGCGGACCUAGCAGAGGACACGCUGCUCUGGCCAGGACACGAGUAUGCCCUGGACUGCCUGACGUUUGCCAGCCUGCUGGAGCUGGAGAACCCCGUGCUGGAGCAGAAGCUGCAGUGGGCGAAUCAGCAGCGGCUGGAGAAGAGGAGCACGUGCCCCUCCACCAUCGGCGAGGAGAAGGAAUACAACCCGUUCCUGCGGACCCACUGCUGGGAGCUGCACCGGGCCCUGGGGCUGCAGCGGCUGAGAGGCGAGGACUGGGACAGCUUCCGGGCGCGGGUGCUGAAGGAGGUGCGGCACCGCAAGGACCUCUACAAAGCCAACUAGCCCCCUGGCCGGGCGGCGGGAGGGCUCUGCCCCGUGAGCAGCCUCCCAAAGGAGGGGGACUGUCCCUGUUGGGGGGGAGUGUCUGGCUGGGAAAGGGUCUCACCCCUCCUGGCGAUGGGGCGGAUCGGGGAGCCGGAAACGUCUCCGCCUCAUCCCUGUGGAUAAAGACGGGUUCGGGUGCCAUCCCCCUUCCCCCCCCACCCCACCCUGCUGGCUUGAGAGGGCUCGUCUCCGGACAAAGUGGAUCCUUGCCGGUGGAAAGAAGAAUGGGGGGGGGGUAAAAUCCAGGAUGACACCCCCCCAAACCCACCCCCAGGAGGCGUCUGACCUUUGAUGGCCGCU